AUCUUCAAUCGGGAUCCACAUGGAUUAAGACAAUUGUUCACGAUAAAGAUGAGCCAUUUUCUUGAUAGCAAUGCAAAUAAUUCCCAGGUGAUGCCGAUUGUCUUAUCUUCACCUAUAAAUUCCAAUGAAUAAAGUUAUAGUCGAGCAUUAACCUAUUCCAUGUGAAAACAUCUAGAUUUGAAUAGCAAAGUUAUAUAUCAUGAAUCUUCUGUUAGUACUAUCUGUGCUUGUGGCAACUGUGGAGUUUGUUGCAUGUACGUUCGGAUUUCGUGAUUUAUACAAAGUGAAACCUGUUCCUCUGGAGGCAGAUCAAGAUCCCGGAGAUCCUCUUAUACUAACUCCUCUCCUAGAUCAAGGAUUGAUCAUUGAAGCCAGAAACCUAUCAGAGGUACCCAAAGAACAUUUUCUUGGAAUAGAGAGUUACGCUGGAUAUUUCACAGUUGACGAAGAGCAUAACUCGAAUUCCUUCUUUUGGUUCUUUCCCUCUUCAGAAACCAACUAUAAAAACUCUCCAGUACUUCUCUGGCUUCAAGGUGGACCCGGUGGUGCAUCUACCUACGCCACUUUCACAGAAAAUGGGCCUUUUGAAAUGAUAGGUGAAAAGAAUAUCAAGCUCAGAAACACGACAUGGACAGCAAAACAUUCUGUAUUGUAUAUAGAUAAUCCAGUUGGUACAGGAUUCAGCUUCACCAAUAAGGGAUGGUGCAGUAGCGAAGAAGAAAUCGGUGAACAUUUAUACAGAGCUUUGAUACAAUUUUUCCAGCUGUUUCCAGAACUGCAGAACAACGAUUUCUUCGUAACCGGAGAGUCUUACGCUGGUAAAUAUAUUCCGGCAGUGUCAUACACCAUACACAGGAAAAAUCAAGAGUCAGAGCAGAAAAUAAAUCUAAAGGGACUGGCAAUCGGUAAUGGAUUGAGCGAUCCGAUCCAUCAGUUGAACUACGGGGAUUAUUUGUAUCAGAAUGGUCUAAUCGAUUUCAAUGCAAGAGAAAUCAUGAAGAAUCUAGAGGCCAAAGUUGUGGAACUCGUAAAGGCUGAAAAGUACGAUGAAGCUUUUGAAGUCUACGACACUAUUUUGAACGGUGACUUAACCAAGUACCCAACAGCUUUCAAAAAUGCAACUGGUUUCGAUUACUACUAUAAUUACCUUAAGUCAAAGGGAAGCAUUGAUGAUACCUAUUCGGUUUUCAUCCAGCAGUGUCACAUUAGAAAAGCUCUUCAUGUUGGAAAUAUGUCAGCGGUGUCUGACGACGAAGUGGAAUCGUAUCUUAAAAGAGAUUUUCUCAUAAGUGUUGCACCUUGGGUUUCAGAGCUUUUGAGUCACUACCGAGUGUUGACUUACAACGGACAAUUGGAUAUUAUCGUUGCUUAUCCACUUACGGUCAAUUAUUUGAGGAAUUUGAACUUCAGUGCAUCUGAGGAAUACAAGACAGCCAAAAGGUAUGAGUGGAAAGUGGAUGAUGAAAUUGCUGGUUACGUGAAACAGGCAGGAAACUUGACGGAAGUUUUGGUUAGGAAUGCUGGGCAUAUGGUGCCAUCUGAUCAGCCUGUUUGGACUUUAGAUUUAAUCAGUAAAUUUGUGAGGAAUAUACCAUUACAUUGAUA